ACCACAGGGGCAUAUAUCUCCAACCGUUUCGCCGAUAAGCUGACCAAAGUUACAGAUUACAUCUACUGUUGUCGCUCUGGCUCUGCAGCAGAUACUCAAGCUAUUACUGAUAUAGUUUCAUACCAUUUGAGUUUACAUAAGGUGGAAUUAGGGAUGGAACCCUUAGUUGAAACAGCAGCGAAUGUUUUCCGUGAAUUAUGUUACAACUACAGAGAUUCUUUAAUGGCAGGAAUUUUGGUGGCAGGGUGGGACAGUCGUAAAGGUGGACAAGUUUAUAGUAUUCCACUAGGUGGUAUGUGCGUACGACAACCAAUUUCCAUUGGAGGCUCUGGUUCAACUUAUGUUUACGGUUACAUGGAUUCCCAGUAUAAACCAAAUAUGACCAAGGAUGAAUGUCUCAAAUUAGUUGAAUCCACACUGGCCUUAGCAAUGUCUCGUGAUGGUAGCAGCGGUGGUGUUAUCCGAACUGGAGUUAUUACAGAGAAAGGAGUGGAGAGGAACGUUAUAUUAGGCAAUGAUUUGCCACGCUUCUAUGAAGGGUAAAAACUAGAAUCGAAGGGAAUUAUUCUGUAUUUUUUAAAAUCUUGUAUCAAUUACAUUUUGUUUCUUAAUUAAAUUAAAAAAUAUAUGCUGAAA